UAUGAAGUGGGCCAUCCUGCUUUUACAUCAUAUUUCUGUACAGCAGUACAGAUUGUACCACAAGCUGAAGAUACGCCUUUCUGCAUCCCACCUAUAUAGAACAGUUGAUCAAGGGAUGUCUGAAUUAACCUUUCAAAGACUUGAACAAGAUCAGUAGUUGUCUUUCAGCAAUUACAUGGCCAUGAAAUCCUGCGGUUCAUACUCGGCAAUGAUACUCAUUCAGUUAGCUUAUGGAGGAUCAAAUAUACUCAUAAAAAUUGCUCUUGACAAGGGACUAAAUCAACUUGCUUUUGUGGUUUAUCGGCAUGUGAUUGCAGUGGUUCUCUUAGGCCCCUUUGCUUAUGUUCUUGAAAGGAAGCAGAGACCUUCGCUUUCGGUCUCAGUGAUCACCAAGAUUUUUGUUCUUUCUUCACUAGGAACUACCAUCCAUCUUAACGUUUACUAUGCUGGAUUGGCAUAUACUUCUGCAACAGUUGCAAGUGCUCUUGCUAAUGUCAUCCCAAGUUUGACGUUCCUCAUGGCUGUUCUACUAAGAAUGGAGAAAGUGAAGAUUUCAACUGCUAGGGGAUGGGCUAAGGUAUUGGGCACCACCAUUUGCAUAGGUGGAUCUCUAAUUUUCACCUUCUGGAAAGGAGGAUUUCUAUAUAAGAGCUUUGAGGAGAGGCCAUUGAUAAGCAUCCAUAGCAGCAAAGACCAUGCUGUUGUCAAGGAAAACUGGAUAAAAGGUUCUGCUCUUAUUCUGAUAAGCCAUAUUGCAUGGAGCGCCUGGCUAAUUCUACAGGCUAUGGUUUGCAAAGUCUACCCAGCUCGCCUAUCGCUAACCACUCUGAUAUGCUUUUUCGCAUCAAUUCAGUCAUCUUUCCUUGCGUUGUUUUUUGGAAGAAAUCCUAGACUGUGGAAGUUGGAGUGGGAUGUGCAGCUCCUGACCAUCAUAUAUUGUGGAGUUGUGAUCUCUGCAUUAGUGUACUACCUACAGACAUGGUGUAUUAGCAAGAAGGGGCCAGUUUUUGCAGCCAUGUUUAGUCCUUUGCUCCUUAUAAUUGUAGGAAUAUUCUCAGCGAUUGCUUUUGCAGAGAGGCUUCAUUUGGGGAGCUUGGUAGGAGCAGUUUGCAUCAUCUUGGGCCUUUAUUGUGCACUGUGGGGCAAACUUGAAGAUGAUAUUACUGCUCAGCAGGCGGACGAAGCUGGCAAAACCAUUGCUGCUGAUGGUAAACCAGAUGAAAUUAGCACGAAUGGUUAUCCAUUGGCCAAUCUUGAGAAUGAAAAUGGUAAGUGCUAGUUCAGCACUGUGAUAAAAGGAAACACUGAAUUGUAUUUGAAUUAGUGCAUGGUGACGCUCAUGAGAUCAGUGGCAGUAGCUACCUAGCAAAGCAGUGGAUGACAAUGGAUCCACCAUUAACACACCAAUGAUUAAUUAAUUGCCAAAACACGUAACCUUAUCUGCGAAUUCUAAGUUUGUAACCAAACAUUGGAAGGUUCAUUAUUAUGGCCACGAAAGAAAGGGGCAAUCACUUUUUAUUCUAAUGCCAAUUUCAAUUUUAUGAUUUUAUUUUUUUUAUGGAAUAUAUUAAGAUUUAAUAUACGAUGAUAUUGCAUUAAUUCAACGUUGAUAAAUAAAUUAAUUUUUCACCAAAAACAGAAUAUCUAAAAGAAAAAUCUCUUGCUUUGCCAAAAAAGAUUAGCAACUUCAUUAACUUUCCUGCAAACCCAUGAGAACUCCACAUGCUCGAAAUUAAUUUCAAUUUUCAUUGCCUUGGCAGUAGCUUCAAUUUCCCAUUUGCAUUCACUUUAAUUUUGCUUCAAACCCAAAUAAACUCCAUCAGAUAGCUCCCAGACUUCUAGCUAAUUGAAUAGCAUGUAGCAUAUAGCCUUUGCUUCACCCGCUAAGAGGGAAGAAGAACAAAAUUUACUUGUUCUAUCCACAAUUUUGCCAAAUAACUCCUUAGUAAGACUGCUGCAGUUGCCUCCAAAUAUCCUCUUUCUUAGCCACAUCACAAUUAAAUUUAAGAGAGGCCAGCUUAUUGGAUUCAGAAAAGCCAGAUUUUGAACAGGAUUACACAGCCUAAACUCAGAUAAACGAGAUAGAGAUGUGAUGAUGCGUGAAGGAUGGGUUAAGAGAGGAAUUCUCAAACACAGCUUUAUUUCCUGGUUUUCCAAAUACUCCUCAAGUCAUAGCAAUAGAAACCAGAUAUACCUGGCGCAUC